AGGCAGACUCUUACUGAUAAGAUCAUAUUUCAGCAAUUGUAAACGCGUCAGAUCAUAUAAAAGUAGUAACUUUUCUCACAAUGAUUAAUCGAAGUGUCCGUGAAGUGCAGUUUGGAUAUUAACUUGAAACUCAUGAUAUCGAUUAAACCACUGCUGAAAAUGGAUAAAGUAGCAAAAAUUAUCGUUUGGUGGUCGGUAGCAGCUACAACAACGCUUGUAUUGGGAGAAAAUAAUAACGAACCCCUGAACAAUCUUUUUCACGCAUCGAAUUCUUGGUCACCACUAUUAAAGUUAAGCCACGAUUCGUCGUACCUAGUGGAUAGUAGUAAAAUUGACUACAUGGAAUAUGAACAGCACGACUACAACAAUGAGGACUCUCAAAUAAUUAAUAAACGAUCUCACACAAGACGACCUAUUUGCGAUACGGUGGUUAAGUAUGUUUAUUACAACAGUAGCGAUGGAUUUGAGUAUCGUCCCAAUCAAUACACCACCUUUACAUGUGUUGGAUCAACUGUGGAUAAUAGUUAUCAAACAAAGAACGAGUGUACUGAAGCUGGCUUAUCUUGCACUCAAAUCAGACAGAAGAUGUACGUUACGCGUCGCAAAGCUUCCGGCAAUAGGGCUAACAACUGUUGGGAACACUUCGCCCUUGAGGAGAUUAAUGCUGGAUGCGAGUGUAGAUACCACAUUGGCGACAAAGAUUCCUACCGCUUGGCAAAAUAACAUACUUACGUGUGGUAACAUAAAGCAUGAACAAUUAAGAUCUCCCACUGGCACGAUAGGAGAGAUUCUAUUGGACAGGAAACAAAUGUAUUGAUAGGCUAAGCAUUUUUUUUUUUCUAAGAAGUGUAGCAGAUUUAUAUAUUUAUCAAGUGAUAGUUGGCAAGUAGUUUGCAGUACAUACAAUAUCAUACAUAAUAUAAAAUAAAUACAUCCAAACAUUCAU